AGAUAUAUUAUCGUCGCUGUGACCAUGACGCUUCGAAUCCUCAGCGCCGUGAGGCAUCGGCUAAAGGCCCGCUGCGAACUAGCGCGUGCUCGCAUGCAGAUGAGGAACUUGAUGGACUAUGAACUCAUUGGCCGUUACUGUGGACUGCUGCUGUUCCCUUUCGUCAUCUACUGUUGCGUUGGGCAGAUGCAAGGCUACGCCGACGAUCAGAUCCGUGACCGACUUGCUGAUCGGAAGCACGUGCGGUAA